AUGGAGGACAAGCAUUCAAAGCCUCAUGCAAUCAUGGUGCCUCUCCCUCGCCAAGGCCAUGUUAUACCAUUUACCCAUCUGGCCUUGAAGCUUGCCUCAAAUGGUUUCACCAUCACUUUUGUCAACACCCAAAUUAUUCACCACCAGAUAACCAAAUCUGAAUCCAAUGGCAGUGAAGGUCAAGAAGACAUCUUUGCUGCAGCACGAAAGUCUGGUCUAGACAUUCGCUACAGAACAGUGAGUGAUGGUUUUCCACUAGCCUUCAACCGGUCUCAGAAUCUUGAUCAAUAUCUUGAGGGUCUAUUGCAUGUCUUCCCUGCACAUGUUGAUGAACUUGUUGGAAAUUUAGUCCAAUCUGACCCUUCAAUCAGUUGCUUGAUUGCCGAUACCUUCCACACCUGGCCAGCAACCAUAGCCAACAAGCAUAGCCUUGUCCAAAUUUCCUUCUGGACUGAAACAGCUUUCGUCUUGUGCAUCUACUAUCACAUGGACCUCCUCAGAAAAAAUGGUCAUUUUGGUUCUCACGAUAAUCGCGAGGACACGAUCGAUUACAUACCUGGUGUGCAGGCUAUUGAACCAAAGGACUUGGUAUCACACCUCCAAGCUACUAAUACAUCAACAGCAGCUCACAGAAUCCUAUACAAGGCCUUCCAACAAGUUACAAAUGCAAAUUUUAUUUUGUGUAACACAGUGCAAGAACUCGAAUCCCAGUCCCUUCUAGCCUUGCAAGAGAAGCAACCCACAUAUGCAAUUGGCCCUGUCUUCCCCAAUAAAGCCACCAAGAGUGUGGUGGUGGCAACCAACCUCAUCUCCGAGUUUGACUGUACAGAAUGGCUCAAUGCCAAGCCCCCUGGUUCAGUUCUGUAUAUUUCAUUUGGAAGCUACGCUCAAGUUACUAAGAAUGUGGUAGAAGAAAUAGCUCAUGGGCUUUUGCUUAGUAGAGUGAGUUUCAUUUGGGUGCUACGCCCUGAUACUAUAAUUCAUGGUGAACUUGAAACCUCGAUCCUACCCGUUGGAUUUGAAGAUGAGAUUAAAGAUAGAGGGAUGAUUGUGCCAUGGUGCUCUCAGAUUGAGGUGCUUUCAAAUCCAGCAAUAGGAGGGUUCUUGACUCAUUGUGGAUGGAAUUCCAUACUGGAAAGUAUGUGGUGUGGUGUUCCAAUGUUGUGUUAUCCUAUAUUGACUGACCAAACCACCAAUAGGAAACUUGUAGUUGAUGAUUGGGGGAUUGGACUCAAUCUUUGUGAUGGGAUUAAACCCAUUACAAGGAUGGAGGUAGCAGAGAAGAUCAACCGUCUGAUGAGUGGAAGGUUGGGUGAUGGAUUGCAGAAGGAGAUCAAGAAGAUGAGGCAAAAAUUGGAGGAUGGGUUGGCUGUAAAUGGGUCAUCACAGAAGAACUUAUGUCAAUUCAUUAGUGAUGUAAAGGCCAAAAUUCAAACAUGA